AUGCCCCAAGGAUGUUUUACUAAUAGAACCAUAAAAAAGAUUUCAAUAAAAGAAACAUCAAUUGCUAAAUUAGGUAGUGUAUGUCGUCGUAUAUAUCGAAUAUUUUCUCAUGCAUAUUAUCAUCAUCGUUCACUUUAUGAUGAAUUUGAAGAACGUACACAUCUUUGCCGUCGUUUUACUGUAUUUGCAAUACGUUAUGGCCUUAUACCAAAAGACAAUUUGAUUGUUCCGAUAAAUGGCGUUAAUCAAGAUAUCCCAACCAUUAUGAAUCAACAAACUUCACCAAUCAAAACAACUCCUAGUCAACCAUUAAAAAAUGGUGAUAGUCCACCAUCACCUUCGUCUAUUGUUCCUCCAACAUUAGCAACUGAAAGUGAUGCUUAA